AUGAGAACUAUAGGCUUUUCACUCAUAGUGUUCAUCUUUGUGUUUGUUGAGUUUGUGGAUUCUCUUAAUCGUACCAAUUUUCCUAAAGGUUUCUUAUUUGGAAGUGCCUCAUCUUCUUACCAGUAUGAAGGAGCAUCAAAUGAAGGGGGAAGGAGACCAAGUAUAUGGGACACGUUCACACACAAUAAUCCAGGUAAGAUCGAGGAUCAAAGCAGUGGAGUCAUUGCUGAUGAUUCUUAUCAUCGUUACAUGGAAGAUGCGAGUAUAAUGAAAGACAUAGGAUUUGAUGCAUACAAAUUCUCUAUUUCAUGGUCAAGGAUUCUACCCGGUGGAAACUUGAGGGGAGGUAUCAAUAGAGAAGGCAUCACCUAUUACAACAAUCUUAUCGAUGAACUCCUUUCGAAUGGUUUGCAGUUAUUUGUAACUUUAUUUCAUUGGGAUCUUCCUCAAGCCCUUGAAGACAAAUACAGUGGUUUUUUAAGCCCGAAUAUCGUGAACGAUUUUGCAGACUACGCAGAGCUUUGUUAUAGGGAAUUUGGAGAUAGAGUGAAGAAUUGGAUUACGGUAAAUGAGCCACUCACUUACACGACUCAGGGUUAUGGAAAUGGAUUAUUUGCACCGGGGAGAUGUUCGAAGUGGCUGCCAUUGAACUGCAGUGCAGGGAAUUCUAGUACUGAACCAUAUUUGGUUACUCACCACCAGAUUCUAGCUCAUGCAGCUGCUUUCAAAGUCUAUAAGGACAAGUAUCAGAUUUCUCAAAAGGGACAAAUUGGAAUAACAUUGAAUACUCCAUGGAUAUUGCCACAUUCACAAUCAAAGGCAGACACAGAUGCAGCAUCUAGAGCCCUUGUUUUCUUGUAUGACUGGUUUAUGGAGCCACUAAAGUCAGGAUCAUACCCUAUUGAAAUGGUCAAUAACACCGGUGAAAGGUUGCCUAAAUUUUCAAGGGAACAAUCCUUGAUGGUUAAAGGAUCCUUUGAUUUCAUAGGAAUUAACUAUUAUACAGCAAAUUAUGCAGUCAAUGCCCCUUGCAUAACCGAAAACCAAACUAUCUUUUCAGAUGCUUGUGUUUACUUCACAACAAUGCGCGAUGGAGUUCAGAUUGGUCCAAAGGCUGGUUCAGACUGGUUAUACAUUUAUCCUAGAGGAAUUCAAGAACUUUUGCUUUAUACAAAGGAAAAAUUCAACAAUCCAGUCAUUUACAUAACAGAAAAUGGAGUUGAUGAAAUUAAUGAUGGCACAAGAUCACUCGAGGACAACAUGAGAAUUGACUAUAUUAAUAACCAUCUUUACUAUGUCCAUAGUGCCAUACAGAAUGGUGUGAAUGUGAAAGGCUAUUUUGUAUGGUCGUUGUUGGACAAUUUCGAAUGGGCGGAAGGAUAUACGGUCCGAUUUGGAAUUGUUUAUGUUGAUUAUAAGGAUGGAUUGAAGAGAUAUCUUAAGAAAUCAGCUGAGUGGUUCAAAAAAAUUCUUCAUUAA